AGAGUGGUGGGGGAAGCAGCCACAGAAUUGGAUAAAAUGAUAUAAUUUCAGGUCUAAGGUGAGCCGCGUCAGUUGCUAAAGCAAAUAUCUGUACUAAGAUGACUUGCUAGUUUUGAUCACCCUGCGUCAAAGGUAAUGGGAAUCUAAUUGGAAAAAAGAUGGGCCCCGGUUUCAACAUCGCUACACUGGCAGCCACAAGCUGGGAAGGAUACAGUUCUUUCCACAGAGAGCUGACUGAUAUUUGAAGAAGUGUUUUCAUCUAUCCAAGAAAAAUAUGAUGUCUCUAGCCCAAGCCUCACUCUUAUUCUUCAAUGUAUGUAUUUUUAUUUGUGGAGAAGCUGUACAAGGUAACUGUGUACAUCAUUCUACGGACUCUCCAGUAGUUAACAUUGUAGAAGAUGUAUCUAAUGCAAAAGAUGGAAGUAAAAGUAAUGAUACUGUUUGUAAGGAAGACUGUGAGGAAUCAUGUGAUGUUAAAACAAAAAUUGCACGCGAAGAAAAGCAUUUCAUGUGUAGAAAUUUACAAAGUUCUAUUGUUUCCUACACAAGAAGUACCAAAAAACUACUAAGAAAUAUGAUGGAUGAGCAACAAGCUUCCUUGGAUUAUUUAACUAAUCAGGUUAACGAGCUCAUGAAUCGCGUUCUCCUUUUGACUACAGACGUUUUUAGAAAACAACUGGAUCCUUUUCCUCACAGACCAGUUCAGUCACAUGGUUUAGAUUGCACUGAUAUUAAGGAUACCAUUGGCUCUGUCACUAAAACACCGAGUGGUUUAUACAUAAUCCACCCAGAAGGAUCUAGCUACCCAUUUGAGGUAAUGUGUGACAUGGAUUACAGAGGAGGUGGAUGGACUGUGAUACAGAAAAGGAUUGAUGGGAUAAUUGAUUUCCAGAGGUUGUGGUGUGAUUAUCUGGAUGGAUUUGGCGACCUUUUAGGAGAAUUUUGGCUAGGACUAAAAAAGAUUUUUUAUAUAGUAAACCAGAAAAAUACCAGUUUUAUGCUGUAUGUGUCUUUGGAAUCUGAAGAUGACACACUUGCUUAUGCAUCGUAUGAUAAUUUUUGGUUAGAGGAUGAAACAAGAUUUUUUAAAAUGCAUUUAGGACGGUAUUCAGGAAAUGCUGGUGAUGCAUUCCGGGGCCUCAAAAAAGAAGAUAAUCAAAACGCAAUGCCUUUUAGCACGUCAGAUGUUGAUAAUGAUGGGUGUCUCCCUGCAUGCCUGGUCAAUGGUCAGUCUGUGAAGAGCUGCAGUCACCUCAAUAACAAGACCGGCUGGUGGUUUAACCAAUGCGGUCUAGCAAAUCUAAAUGGCAUUCAUCACUUCCCUGGAAAAUUGCUUGCAACUGGAAUUCAAUGGGGCACAUGGACCAAAAACAACUCACCUGUCAAGAUUAAAUCUGUUUCAAUGAAAGUUAGAAGAAUGUAUAAUCCAUAUUUUAAAUAAUCUCAUUUAACAUGGUAAUGCAAGUUCUAUGAUAAUUUGUGAUAGUAUAUUAAAGAUUUUUGAAAGUUUAUCUUUUGACUUAGUGUUUCAAACAUAUUAGGCAAAAUUUAACUGUAGAUGGCAUUUAGAUGUUAUUGGUUUAAUUAGAAAAUUUCAAUUUUGUAGUAUUCUAUAAAAGAAAACAUGACUCAUUGCAUGUUUUUACUUCUAAGUAUAUUAACAAUAUAUAAUGAAAUUUGUUUCAAGUGAAUUGCAACUUGUCUUCCUAAAAUUUAUAGUGCUUCUAAAGGAUUUUGCCUUUUCUUUGAAGCAUUUUUAAACCAUAAUAAGUUGUUAGGAAAAUUGAGGAGAGUAUUUCACUUACUUUAUAUUUGCUUUAUAUAAUUAUAUAAUCUACAGAUAAUUUCUACUGAAGACAAUUACAACAAAUAACUUUAAUGCAGAUUAAUAUGUAAACUACAGGUGGUUUUAAAACCUUGCUAUUUCUAGGUGAUGCCAUACCAUUUUAAAAGUAGUAAGAAUUUGCUGCCCAAAUAGUUUUUCUUGUUUUCAUAUCUAAUCAUGGUUCUUGUUUGUAAUAAAUAUACUAUACUUUUA